UUAUAAAAAACAUAACAUAAGCCGAUAUAUAAAUUUUAUUUUGUAUCAGAUUUUGGUAUAUAAAUUUCUAUAUUGUAUGUAGUGUUGGCCUUUCCUAAGUCUCGUCUGCUCAUUCACAGAUUGAAAAGGAAAUUCUUGGUUCCUCGGAUUGGGCUAAGUAGGCCCUCUUCGGUUGGAUUAGACAAUGUUCAAUUAUAUAUGGUCAAACUCAUAUGGGCUCUCCGUUAGGCCUAUUUAUGCUAUUAUUGGGCUGAAUGGCCAUAUGAUAAGCCCAAAUCCUAUACCCUUUAAAAUUCUCAUUGCCACCGAAACAUUUAUUAGUUUUCAAGGGGAAAAAAACUUAAAAUAUAUGAUUACCUCUUGCUGAAGCUUCGGGCUCCGUAGCUAGACACGACGGAAAUAUUCAAGUUCCUAAAAGUGCCAGCUAUAUCAGAACGAUGUCAGGCUCUUCGCCACCUGCGGCUCUAGUAUGUUCCAAGGCAUUAGAGGUCUGAAAAUGUUGACGGUUAUCGCCGAAAGAUUCUCGCCGGUAUUUCUGCCUCCGGGAAUUUCCAGUUCGAGGUUCGCGUCCUUCAAUUCUGCCGCUCGGAGACGCACUCUCUUCGUUUCUAGAUCGAUUCGCUUUUCUUCCACGGCCGUCAAGCCCGAGGAGGAUCCCGUUCCUGUAGCGGAGAAGGAGAAUAUAGGCGAGAAGAACGUUUUGGCUUGCCCCAUUUGUUUCAACUCCUUGGCAGGGGUUAGUCAAUCUACUGGUGAAUCCACAUCAGGUACAUCGUUGCGAUGCGUUACUUGUCAGAAGAAUUACUCUGGUUGUGAGACACAUCUCGAUUUGACUGUGGCCGGUGAAACCAAGCAAUAUGGCGGACAAAUGCCUCUCUCCACCGAGUUAUUCAGGCUUCCGUUAGUCUCGUUCCUCUACGAGAGGGGUUGGCGGCAGAGUUUCGUAUGGGGAGGUUUUCCGGGACCAGAGAGAGAGUUUGAAAUGGCUAAGGACUGCUUGAAGCCGGCCGUGGGAGGGAAAAUAAUCGACGCCAGUUGCGGCAGCGGGAUGUUUUCCAGAUUAUUCGCCAGAAGCGGAUUGUUCUCCCAAGUGAUUGCCCUGGAUUACUCAGAGAACAUGCUGCAACAGUGCUAUGAAUUCGUAAAUCAAGAAGAAAACUUCCCCAAAGAGAAGAUCGUUCUGGUUCGGGCAGACAUCUCUAGACUUCCCUUCCUUUCAGGUUCAGUGGACGCUGUGCAUGCUGGUGCUGCUUUGCAGUGCUGGCCUUCACCCACCUCAGCAGUUGCUGAAAUAAGCUGUGUUCUUCGGCCUGGAGGUGUAUUUGUUGCCACCACAUUCAUCUAUGAGCCUUUAAGUUUUAUCCCGUUCUCGAGGAAUAUUUGCCAGGAGGCGACAAGGUAUUUGGGUUCUCACUUCUUUCUAAGCGAGCGUGAGCUCGAAGACAUCUGCAGAGCUUGUGGACUGGUUGGAUUCAACAAGCGUGAAGAAUGGACUCUUUAUAAUGCUAUCCGCUACAAAACCCAGAUAAGAUUUACCUUUUAACCCACAACAUAAAUGUAGAGGAAAACAAAAUAUCUUUCCUUGACACUGUAUACAAUAAUCUCAUUGUACAGCGUGUGUACAUUUCCUGUACCAAUACUGUUUGAGUGAAGUUUCCUGUUCUUUUUGCUA